AUGUCCUAUAUGAUUUUGUAUUUAAUGCUGUUUCUAACGGUAGUAAUCGAGUGCCAGCUAAGGGAAAAUUCUACUGAUCAGUGCCCUAAUGUGAAAACAUCUUUAGGAUCCAUUAGAAAGCGGAGACAUCUGACUUUUCCACAUGGCAGCAACAUUGUUCUUACGAUCUCACUUGUAAAGGCCUUCAUGACACAUGCACCUUCAGGGUGGAACAUUGCCUUAGAAAUAGAUGUGAUGUACCCGCUACCGGAUUCGAAUUUCACCAAUGCUUAUUGGAGACGAAAACUGCACCAUAGACAGAAAAGGGAAUUCUGGGAUAGGAUACAGGCAGCUUUGGACUUACACAAUCUAAAUGGGCGCGCUUGUGUCUUGAGAAGCAUUUGCGAGGCUAAAACGUACCUCGCACUACCUGGAAAAUCUUUGGUACAUGACAUUUUAAGAGCUAUUCUUACAGCUCCACUACACGAAGCAGAAUUUGUGGAGGAAGUGGGUGAUACGUAUAAUGAAUUACACGACCCCCAUUUCUGUGAAUACGCCGACGAUUGUCCAUUCUCUUUGUUACAUUUCGUAUUGGCUUUAAAUAAAGAAAGAUAUUAA